AGCUGGAGAUUGAGCGGGACAGGGGCCCUCCAGGCCUCGCGGGCCAACCCCCUCAUUUGGAAUUUACAUUUUAAUUCCGGACUGAAAAGCCCCCAAAUGGGCCUUUCCGGAUGGGGGGGAGAGCAGAUCUCUGUUGUGGACGGCUCCAUUGCUUGUGAAGUGCAGCAUUUCGGCCUGUGGCUCUCCAAGGAGCUGGAAGAAAUCCGCAAGUGUGGGAUGAAAAACUUCCGAAACAUCCAGGUUGAUGAAGCUAAUUUAUUGACUUGGCAAGGGCUCAUCGUUCCUGACAACCCUCCGUAUGACAAGGGAGCCUUCAGAAUCGAAAUCAACUUCCCAGCAGAGUAUCCAUUCAAACCACCUAAGAUCACUUUUAAAACAAAGAUUUACCACCCGAACAUCGAUGAAAAAGGGCAGGUCUGUCUGCCGGUCAUUAGUGCUGAAAACUGGAAGCCAGCAACCAAAACUGACCAAGUCAUCCAGUCCCUCAUAGCACUGGUGAACGACCCCCAGCCUGAGCACCCCCUCCGGGCUGACCUAGCUGAAGAGUACUCUAAGGACCGUAAAAAAUUCUGUAAGAACGCUGAAGAGUUUACAAAGAAAUAUGGGGAAAAGCGACCCGUGGACUAAAUCUUCCGUGAUUGACUCCAAGCAGGGCGAGCGGAGAUCCGGAGCAGUGCAUUUCCAACACCCCGCCACCAGGACUCUUUGGGAAAUUGACAGGGGCCACCUCCUGGCGCUAACUUGUGGCAGUUACUAACUUUCUACAGUUUUCUUAAUCAAAAGUGGUCUAGGUAAACCUGUAAAGAAAGGAUUAAAAAUUUAAGAUGUUCUAGUUCUGAUUUCUUUGUUUUAAAAAUCACUGCUUCAAUCUACCUUCAAGGAUGGUGUGUUCUUUUCUUGCCCAAAUCUAUCCCAAAUCUUUGGUUUCUCUUCAGGUUUAAAACAGAGUUAGUGAGUGGUGCACACUCCCGAUCCCUCCCUUCCCCUUUGUAGCUCUUAUUUUAUUGCGUUCAUUUUAAUCACACUCCCUAUCCCCAGAACAAUGCCUUGGAACCCCCCCCCCCCCUUCCCUACCUUCUUCCCUCCCCCACCCCUCCAAAAAAUGGCCUACAAUCCAGCAGCGCCCUCCUCUCCCCUUCCCUCCCCGUGGUAUCUGCUUUGUGAUACGGGUUGUGAGUUUGUAACAUCUAAGAAACCCAAGAGGCCAAACCCAAGGGCGAAGCCUGUGAUGAGGAGCCCGGCUGGCGUGUAAAUCUGGCUGAUGUUAUCAAAAUGAUGUCGAUUAAAUGGGCAAAGCCCCGACUGUCUGCUUGUGUGUGUGAUUGAAUUACAGCCUGGCUCCAGGCCGCCCCACGCGGGGGAGAGCGGUUAGCGCGCAGCUGGCCGCUUGGGACCUGGGCCCCCAGCUCUGGGCUAAGAAGAAGUGGGCUCCCAGACUGAGGGCGCCCCCCCCUUCCCCCAGAUGCCUCCUGAAUGCUACCUGCAGAUGUCCCCGGGACACUGGCCAGCCGAUUCUGCUGACAUUGUUUUCCAUCCAGUAGAAAACUUUGCAUCAGAAUGAAUUGGAGAUUUUUGGCAGAGUCCCCCUCCCCCUAAUAUUGAAUUUUUCAAUUCUCCUGGAGAACAAAAUUCGAGUUGGGCAUUCUGCUUGGGUAACCCCUAGAGGUGUCGCUGUUCUGGGUCAAGGUCAUUCCCCUCCUCCCUUCCCCCUAACCCCCUUUUUUAGAAUCUUUUAGCAGGGCCUCUCGGAGAGCGAUGACUUCUCUUUCCAUUGACCGCUCUGAAACAAGGCAUUGCCCCCCCUUCCAGACAAGCCUGUUUCAUUUUGGAAGAUCUUUUGCCGCCCUUUGAUGAUGGCUGUUUAGGUUUGGUUUGGUUUUUAAUAUUAUAAGCAUUUUGACUGCCUUUUUUUUUGGUAGAAAUAAAAAAUGAUUAUAGAUUUGCAAUCAUAUGGAAUUAAAAGGAUUAAAAUGUU